ACGAAACAGUGAUUCAGAAGUAAAUCACCAUGUAUCGUUUUGCACUCCUCGCCCUCGUGGCUUCGGUCUCCGCGAAUGUCAUCCUUGACACUCAGUGCCCUGAGGUCAAACCCGUCAACGAUUUCAACUUCGCUUCUUACGGCAAUGGCGUUUGGUACGAAGUCGCGAGGUACCCCCAUGGUACCGAGAAGAAGGGAAAAUGUGGUUCCGCUGAAUACAAAUUGGAAGGCGAUGUUAUGAAAGUGAAGAACACUUACAUAAGGAACAACAAACUUAAGGUCAUCGAGGGCACCGCCAAACUUGCCACUGACGCUGGUACUACUGGAAAACUGAUCCACAGCCUUCCUUACGGAGCUAAAGGUGCUAUGGUUGAUAGUGUUGUGAACAUCCUGGCUAUUGACUACGAAAACUACUGCAUCGCUUACUUCUGUCAAUUCGACGAGGAAAAGAAGAUCCGCAGAGAGUUUGCCUGGGUUCUCUCGAGGUCUAAGACUCUGUCUGACGAAACCAAGGCAAAGAUUGAGAAGAUUAUGAAGGACUCUACUCUUCUGAAUGCCAGCAAAUUCGUGUGGCCGUCAUUCAGUGAUGAGGACUGCAAGGUCGACGCUUAAAUGCAGACGAAACAAAAAUUUACGAAUUUUUGACUAAAUAU